AUGUGUGUCUAUCAUAUUUGGAAAGAAAGGAAUGCGCGUAGACAUGGGAAAUCUUGGAUAUCAGUGGAGAAACUUGCUUAUCAGAUUGACAAGGUAAUGAGGAACAGAAUCACAUCAUUGGGAUAUCGGUUUGGGAACAAAUUGGAGGGGUUUCUAAGGCGUUGGUUUGAGAUCACGGGGUGA